AUGCGCUUUUCUUCGCCCACGACAAGCCGAGCGAAGAAGCAAAAACUUGAUCGGGAUGUCAUUGUAUCCGUUCUAGAGUCAUCCGCCACAAGGCGAGACGCCAAAGGCUAUCUUCAAAAAUAUGCUCUACCAAAGCCCGCAUCUACAGCCGGAGCGUCAAAGCAAGUUGAGCAUCAGCACAAGCCUCUUUCAAAGCAGCUUCAGGCCCAACGGCCCUUCGAUGUAGCCAUUGUGGUCCUGCGGAACCCUCAGAAACUACAGCCAGACACGAUAAACGGAAUAGCCAAGACUCUAACCCAGCUUCGGGUUCUUGGCCUCCUGAGCGUCGUUGUUGUGGAUUGUGAUGUAGGAGAGAGCCGUUCCACCUUUCAGAACGAAGCUUUGAAGCUCUGUGAGGCCAUCGAUUCGUUUGGCAAACCAGGCGCCAGGCUGGUUGAACACGUACUUGUUGGUACUUCUCAUUACCAUGGAGCUUCGCCUUCUCCUUUUUGGGAUGAUAUAUAUGUUCACGAUUAUGGUAUCCUCAAUAGGGCACUUCAGCACAACAUGAUCACAGUAAUUCCGUCUCUUGCGCGGAACGAUGAGAUUACUUCUCCCGCGCCUGCUGAUGCUCAAAGAACUUCUCUUGCACUAACGAGAUACUUUACGGGAAUCCAGUUCGAGCGAGAUCCCGAUCACAGUCAGAAUAGGAGUCUUAAGCAGGGUGCUGAACCGCUUGCUUCUGUCGAAAGAGUCAUCAUCCUUGAUUCAUUCGGAGGUACUCCUGUGCCUGGCCGUCCUGGCGUCUGUCAGCGAUUUGUCAAUCUCGAGCAAGAAUAUGACACACUUCAGAGUUAUCUGAAGGGUGAUGAAAGCUCAUUAAAACCGGAAAACAGUCGAUCUGGGGAGGCAAAUAGAUCCCAUGCCAAAAACAUCAAGUUAGCAAGAGAUACCCUCUCUCUAUUACCAGAAACAGCUUCCGUUCUCAUAACUACCCCAUUCGCUGCGGCCAACACCUCAUCCAACUCUUCGCCCCUGGGGCUGUCUCCAACACGAAACGGCGAGUAUCAAUUUGGGUUUGAUGGGAUGGUCACGACUCGCAGAAAGCAAAAUCCCCUGCUUCACAAUCUCCUCACUGACAAGCCGGUGUUCUCCCCGUCACUGCCCCUCCAGCGCAUUCACUCUCCGGAUUUGGCAUAUUUGAAUACGACAGAGUCGAAUGAUGCAACUCUUGUCAAACGGGGUAUGCCACUAGCCAUCUACCCCGAUCCAAGAAGGGCGCCAUGGAGUCCUCCGGCUCCUGGAGAGCGUCGUCUGCAGCUGUCAGACAAAGAGAUCGAUUUGAAGCGACUUGUCACUCUGAUUGAGGAUUCUUUCGGCCGCAAGCUAGACGUGGAUGAUUACCUGCGGCGCACGAAUGAGAACCUGGCUGGAGUCAUCAUUGCGGGAGAAUACGAAGGAUGUGCCAUUUUGACCUGGGAGAAACCCAACGACAUCGACCCUCAGGCGGCCUAUGAGCAGGGGCGCUUCGUUCCAUAUCUCGACAAAUUUGCCGUCCUCCGGAGCCGUCAAGGCAGUGGAGGGGUUGCCGACAUCAUAUUCAAUGCCAUGGUCCGAGACUGUUUUCCUGACGGCGUGCUUUGGAGGAGCAGGAAGGAUAACCCCGUUAAUAAGUGGUAUUUUGAGCGGUCGGUAGGGACCAGUAAGCUGGCAGGGUGCAAUUGGGCGAUGUUUUGGACAACUCUGGAGCUGAGCGCCAGGGGGCAAAAGCUGAAAGAUUAUGAAGCAGUGUGUAGAGAUAUUAUGCCAUCGUGGGCGGAUAAUGUUCGUAAUGGCAUGGAAUAG